AUGGCUGCAAGCACUGGGUGCACAAGAAAUGCAGUGGGGCUCAUGCGCCUGUUUGUGGACCCUCACUUUAGGUGCUCAAGGUACAGGGGAAUGGAUCGCCUUCUUGAUGGCAGGCCGAAGAGUGAUGUCCAAGUUGGUCUGGACAAGUUGGAGGUUGUAGGUUCCUUCUGCUACCUCAGAGACAUGCUUUCUGCAGCUGGUGGCUGUGACCUUGCGACCACUACAAGUGUGAAGACCGCUUGGAAGAAGUUCAAGGAGCUGCUACCAGUCCUGACAUCACGCCACCUGUCGUACAAGACCCGUGGUCGAGUGUAUAGCACUUGUGUACGGAGCGCCGUGCUCUGUGCCAGUGAGACUUGGGCACUGACCAAGCCAAAUCUCCGUCGCCUACAGUGCAGUGACAGGGCCAUGAUCAUACAGACCUGCAACAUCAAACCAGAAGAUAUGGCCACUGUAGAGUCAAAUGAAUUGCUGGGGCGGCUUGGUCUCGAUGACUUUGACCUCAUCCUAAGGGAAAGGAGACUCCGCUGGUAUGGCCAUGUUGUCAGAUCCAGCACUGCAGUUAAGUGCACUCUCAAUAUACAAGUUCCUGGAAGGCGUAGAGUUGGUCGGCCAAUGAUAUCUUGGAAAGAGCUGACGGAGAAAGAUCGAAUAGAAUGGAAGCUCUCUACUGCCAACCCUCAUGAUCAGAAAAAAAGGAGAUCUGAGGUGAGAUCUGCCAUGUGUGCAGCUAGCCAGCUAUCUGGAAGGAAGCCCACUAGUGUGGACAAUACCCGUACACCUGCACGUAAAUAA